GAGAAGUUUGCGAAGGAGUCAAGGCAUUAGACGUGUGGCACGUAGUUACAUCAUUUUUUGGAUAGUUGAAGUGAUUUGAUCCAUCUGUAAGAAUGAAAGUGCACUGCUUGGCUCUUCUAGUUCUGUCACUCUCAGCAAUCACCACACAGGCCUUAUGGAGGGUAAAACUGAAGAAAAUGCCCUCCAUACGAGAAACCCUAAAGGAAAUGGGUGUCACGCCAGCUCAAGUGUUUUCUGAGAUUAUGUCAAAAUAUGACGAACCAUCACCCACAAACGGCACAGCUCCGACUCCUCUGAUCAACUAUUUAGAUACGCAAUACUUCGGUGAGAUUAGUAUUGGUUCACCAGCUCAGAUGUUCAAUGUUGUGUUUGACACGGGUUCUGCCAACCUCUGGGUUCCUUCACACAGCUGUUCCCCUUUAUACACGGCCUGCUUCACACACAACAGGUAUGAUGCUUCCAGAUCCCUCACGCAUAUUUACAACGGCACGGGAUUCUCCAUCCAGUACGCUUCUGGAAACGUCCGGGGAUUUUUGAGCGAGGACGUGGUUGUAGUGGGUGGUAUCCCAGUGGUGCAGGUUUUUGCAGAGGCCACAGCUCUUCCUGCGAUCCCGUUUAUCUUUGCCAAGUUUGAUGGAGUGUUAGGGAUGGGAUAUCCAGAUGUAGCCAUUGAUGGAAUUACACCUGUGUUCGAUCGCAUCAUGUCACAACAUGUUCUAAAACAGAACGUCUUCUCUGUGUACUACAGCAGGGACCCAACACACGUCCCUGGUGGAGAACUGGUGCUGGGGGGCACAGACCCGAACUACCACACUGGAUCCUUCCACUAUAUGAAUACCAAAGAGGAAGGCAAGUGGGAGGUUGUCAUGAAGGGAGUGUCUGUGGGUGCAGAUAUGUUGUUUUGCAUGGACGGCUGUGCUGCUGUGAUUGACACAGGCUCCUCCUACAUCACAGGCCCCGCCUCCUCCAUUUCCAUUCUGAUGAAAACAAUCGGUGCUGUUGAACUGGCAGAGGGAGGGUAUACUGUAAAUUGUAAUCUGGUCAAGUUGUUGCCCACUGUGGCUUUUCAUCUCGGUGGUCAGGAAUAUUCUCUCACGGAAGAGGACUAUAUUCUCUGGCAGUCAGAGUUCGGGGAGGACAUCUGCACUGUGACGUUCAAAGCGUUGGAUGUGCCACCCCCUACUGGUCCCAUCUGGAUACUGGGGGCAAACUUUAUAGCUCGAUACUAUACAGAGUUUGAUCGGGCAAAUAAUCGCAUCGGCUUUGCUCGAGCAGUCUGAGAAACACUGUGUUGUCUGCUAUCCCAUAAUUAGAUAGCUAUAUUACAUGCACACAACACAUAGGCUACUUGAUCUGUCACAUUAAUAGCAGGCAACUUAAGAUUACGGUUGCAAAGGGGGUGGAAAAUUUCCGGAAAACUUCCCAAAAAUCCCAGGAAGAUUAAAAAAAAACCCCAGAAAGUUUCCAAAUUUCUGGAAAGUUUCUGAAAUUUACUGGAGAUUUUCUACCUUUUAGCAACCCUACCUAAGAUAUUGCUUCCUUUGUGAACAAGAAGUACACUUUAAGCAUAAUUUUAAAAGUACUCGUAUUACUAUAAUUUAAAAGAGUAUAUGUAAACUGAAUGUAAUGUUUUCGGACACUUAAUUGCAUGUUAUUUACAUAUGAAGAUGCAUUAUAGUUUAAAUUUAUAUUAAAUGCAGUUAGUUGAGUGUUAGUUAAGAGUGCUUUCUGACCCACUUAAGUAGGAUUGAACACAUAUUAUGUGUAAUUUUAGAAUUUCAUGUAAUAUUAUAAUUCUACUGUACUUCCAAAUGUACUUAUAAGAAUUUAUAGUAAACUAAAAUAUACUUUAAUGUCAUUUCAAGUUUUUAAAAAAUUGUUACACAUUUGUAAUGAUGAAGUUAAAAUUUAGUACAUUCAGAAUACUUUUUAUGGGCGUGCUGGUCUGAAAACGAUGUGUGUUCAGACGCAUUGUUGGCACAUUGCUAGAGAAAAAAAUGUGCCGUUGACCAACUAAAACCUGGUCUAAAGUCAAUGGCGCAGUAUUUUUUAAAAAAAAAAAUAUUUAAAGGAGAUGUCCACUUCCAGAACAGCAAUUUACAAAUAAUUAACUCACCUCCUUGUCAUUUAAGAUG